AUUAGUAUCGAAUUCGAUUUUGACUUAAAUACUACUAACUGAUUGACUUAGAUAUUGAAAUUUUGGUAUAUCGCCAGUAAUCACUCUGAUCAUGACAAAAAUCGACAAAGUAGCUAGACAAUCUUAUCCUAAUUUAUUUGAUGAUCUGGCAUCUAACCAAUGUAUUGAUUCUAACAUUUUGGUUUACCAGAAUGUAAUGAAAUAUCGUAUUUCGACAAUUAAUACUCGCCGAGCGCAUUUGAAAAAAUUACAAAUGCUAAAUAUUGAAAUUCAUGAUUUAAAUAACGAAAAUAUUAUCGAGGCAUUAAAAAAACUUCAGACAGCAUCAAAUAAAAAUGGUAAAAAAUUAACUGUGAGUUACAUCAAUAUCAUAUACUCAACAAUACGUAAAUUAAACCCAUUCUUAACUGUAUCAGCUUCUAAAUUUGGAUUUCCCCGACAUAAUCGUACUACUUUGAAUGAGUUGGCUGACAAUAUUGAUAUAAUUGGCUUAAAAAGGUUAUUCGAAAUAAUCUUUCAAUACACUUAUAAUUUUAAAUUAAUCAACUCAUAUAAAAUAACAUCCCGUGCUACCGUUGAUACUGCAAUCACUAUGAUGUUAGUUGUGAUCACAAAUUUACGUUUUGAACAGUUAUCGAGUUUGCGUGUACAUGAUUUAAAAAUGAUUGCUGCCAGUAAAACAACUUCUAUACUGAUUAACUCGCGGGUUUCAACAGUAAAAGUUGUAAAAACUACUGAACUAUUUGAUCCACUGUACACGUGUAUCAUCAAUAUGAUUCUAAGUCGUGAAGAAUUCGUAAAUCGACAAUUUAAUACUGAUUAUAAAGUUGAUUAUAGCAAAAAUAUUAACGAUGGAUGCCAGCAAAUAUUAGUUAAUAAAACGAAUACAGAUGAUUUUCCAAUAAUAUCCUGCAAAAAAGAUUCGAUUAAUAAAACAAUUUAUGAGUUGUACGUAAAAACACACGAAAGAAAACCUACGAUCUCUUUAGGUAUUACAUUAAUAAAAAAAAUGAAAAAUUGUUUAAUUGACACAAUAGAUUUACGACUUCUUAGUUAAUUGGAAAUGAUCAUGUUAUCGAAGAAUAAGAUUUUAAUUCGGUCAUUUUGAAAUUGAUGACAAUCAAUAGUAUCCUGACAAUGGUGUGAAAAUUCGUAGAAGCUGAAACAUCAAAGAAUCUAUUAUUUUUCAGCCAAAUUAUAAGCCGAAUAUUCGAAUUAAUGACGUUGUUUUACCGCAAAUUGUAAAUUGCAAAAAAGUUUUUGAUUGUAAUAUUCGAGAUAAUUUAAAUAUUUCUAUAUCCCUCGUGGAAGUGCAAUAACGGAAGUUCUACGGUAUUCUCCAGUCUUUUUUUGGCAUAAAUAUUUUUACAGUAUCCCUACGGUAAACAUAUACUAUGCUUUUGCAAUUUUAUUACCGUACUAAUACCGUCAAUAUUUUGUAUUGAUACCAAAUUUAUAUAUGGGUUAUACCAUAUUUAUAGUGAGGUUGUACCGUAUUCGUACUCUGGCUAUGCUGUAUUUGUAUAAUGAUUUUAUUUUACUGAUACGGUAUUUUUGCUGUAUUUAAUCGUUGGUUAUAAUAUAUUUAUACGGUGGUUAUACCUCAUAUACACAU